UUGGCCAAAUUGCAGAAACGGCCUCCGUUGCGGGAAUGAAGACAUUGCAGAUAGCUACUGCCAUCUGAGCUAUUUAUGUAAAAAUAUUUUCCUAUGGAACUCCUCUCGAACUUUUCUUCUUCUCUCUCUCCAAACUGCUUCAAAUCCAUUCAUAAAGGGAGGAUUUUCGUCGAAGGGAAGAUUUCUUGCGUGGUUUCUGCAAAUGGGUUUUCUUCCGCACGGCCAUUUCUCACGCAGAAGCUCGAUGGGGAGAGAAAAUCAGUUAUAGCAGCAGCAGGAAAGAAGAACAAGAAGAAGAAAGAGGAUUCUCAUACCUUUGUAGCUAGGCCAGAUGAAGCUACGGGGCCCUUCCCUGAAGCUGUCCUGCUUAAAAAGAGGGAAGUUCAGGAAGAUGGUAGAGCUGUACCUGAGUUUGCAGAUGCUGAAGAAGAAAAGCUUUUUGAGUUCCUGAACCUUCAGCUGGAGAGUGAUUUGAAUGUGGAUCAAAUGCGUCACUAUGAAGUGGUUUAUUUAAUUCAUGAAGAUCGUGUGGAUGAGGUUGAGAGUGUAAUUUCAAAAGCUCAAGACUUUGUGAGGGAGAAGAAAGGCAAGGUAUGGCGGCUGAACAAUUGGGGCCUUCGUAGACUGGCAUACAAAAUACAGAAAGCAAGGAAUGCAAACUACGUAUUGAUGAACUUUGAGCUGGAAGCGAAAUGGAUCAAUGACUUCAAGAGCAUGCUAGACAAGGACGAGAGAGUCAUUCGGCAUCUGGUUAUAAAACGGGAUGAAGCAAUUACGGAGGACUGUCCACCCCCUCCAGAGUUCCACACCCUCCGUGCGAACAUCACGGAGGAUGACAUGGAUCAGUAUGAUGAUGAUGGGCAGGAUAUGGAUGAUGAAAAUGAGUUGGACAUGAUCAACAAUGAUGGUGAUAAUGAUAUUGAAGAUGGCAUUGUUUUCAUCGAUGAGGAUGGUGAUGAUGUAGAGGAUAAUAGGCAUGAUGGAUCGGGUAGUGCCAGUAGAGGGGCGAGAAGUACUUUGAAGGCUGAGAAAAUCGCUAGGUAGUUUCAUGAGUUCAACGCUUGUAAUUACUAUUAAGUUGAGGGACAAUACGCGGUAAAAUGAUCUGAAGUUCUCUCCAA